CUUCAUCAUUCACAAUCACAUACCAAACGUUAACCGAUCAUAAUAUCAGAAAAGAAGAGAAAAAAUGAGUCAAGUUUCUGCAGAGAUGAAGGCGAAAUCUGAGGUGUACCAUGGAGAUGAAGUGUGCCAAGAAAAGACCAAGUUGCUGCUGAAGGAGGUAGGGCUACCCAAUGGGCUUUUACCGUUGAAGGACAUUAAGGAAUGUGGGUACGAGAAGGAAAGUGGGUUUGUGUGGCUGAAGCAGAAGAAGAGCAUAAACCACAAGUUUGAGAAGAUUGGGAAGCUAGUGUCGUAUGCAACUGAGAUCACAGCGUAUGUUGAGCUUGGGAAGAUAAAGAAGCUCACUGGUGUGAAGGCGAAGGAGCUCUUGGUUUGGGUGACACUGAGUGAGAUCUUUGUGGAUGAUCCACCCAGUGGGAAGAUCACGUUCAAGACCCCUUCAGCGUUGUUCAGAACAUUCCCGGUUUCAGCUUUUGUGAUUGAGGAACCAGUUAAGGAAGUCAAGAAUAAAGAAGAAAAAGAAGAAGAGAAGGAAGUGAAACAAGUUGGUAAUGCUGUUGAAGUUCAAGAGGUUUGAUUCUUCUUCUUCUUCUUCUUCAUCUGGUGGCAGCCAUGGCUAUGUAUGAGUUUAUUAUAUUCUAUAGGUUUUGUUUUAUGUCUCAGUUGUAAUGCUUUCAGUUUCUUUCUUGCACCAGCUUGAAAGAGAAAACGAUGCUUAAGUUAUAAAUUUAUGUUAGUAUUAAAAUUUGUUGUCUUAUGUUUCUAAUAUGGUUCCACAUUUUCUUGAUUAAGUGAAAUUGAUCCACAGUUUUUAUUGUGGUUCAGCACCUAUUGUGGUGCAGUAAA